AUGCAAGAGAGAGCGAUGAAAAUACUUACUGCUGCACCGAAACUACUUUCAACCUACAAAACUGUUUGCGCCACAAAACUACGCUCCGUGUUGCAGGUGAAGGUGAUUCCCUCCACAGAGGGACAGACGGUAACUCUGAUGUGCAGCACCAGCUGUCCUCUGACUGAAAACCCUGCAGCCUACAUCUGGUACAAGAACGGAGAGUUUGUCUAUGAGGACUGGUCUCCCUGGUACCAAGAGCUGGUCAGCAGCGAGGAAGCCGUCAGAUACUCCUGUGCUGUCAAAGGCUACGAGGACCUCAGAGCUCCUGAAGUCUCAGUGGAUUCUGUCUCGCCAGUCUGCUUCAGUGUGACCUAUGCUAAAGGGAAAAUGUGUUCUUAUAAGGCUAAAUCUAUGGAUGAGCCCUGCACCAUUACGUAUCCAACAGAUGUAAGAGUUCAAAUGACUUCUUUGAGGGAUUCUGUUAAACUGAGGUGCAUCUCCAGCUGUUCUGAGAUUGAGCCUCGAACUGCCUAUCGGUGGUACUGGAACAGAGAGCUAUACAGUGACUGUGAGACUUCAGAACUUGCCGUUUUUGGCUCCCAUGGAGAAAGCAUCUCCUGUGCGAUAAAAGGCAAUGAAGAUGUGCACUCUCGUGAACACUGUGUUGGUAGUACAAUGUGCAACACAAUGAGGUAUGUAAGUGAGAGAAUCUGUGCCCUGGAAGGUGAUUCAGUCAACAUUUCAAGUGAAUACUCAGAUCCCAUCUACAGCGGGAAAGUUUGUAAAGCAUGGUAUAAAAUAAAGCAACUGGGUGAAGAAAAGAAGCUUGUUGUGGCUGCAGACCGCGUGGAGCAUCAUGAACACAUGGAAAACCAGCACUUUCUGAGUAUCAGUGACCUGCAGAAGAAUGACUCGGCAGAAUACACCUUCGAGUUCGGCAUCUAUGAAGAAUGUGAAGGAUCUGAUUUACCUGGAGUGCUGUUAGUUGUUACAGGCCUGACGGUGACCAUGACUCCUUCUGCAGAGGUGACAGAAGGUCAGAGAGUCACGCUGACCUGCAGCACCAGCUGUCCUCUGACUGGCAACACAAACUACAUCUGGUACUUUAACGGUCGACCUCUGGGCCAAAACAAACACCUGCUUCUGGACCCAGUCAGCGUUCAG